AUGUCCGAAGAGUUGCGGUGGCAACACAUCCCGGAGGUGCUCCGGAACGUUGCACUCAUGUCACGGAAUCACAACUACAGUGGUAAGGACAAAAAUGGAUGUGAAGAUGCAAACCACGUGGAACAGGGAGCGUUGGCCACCGUAUCACAACUUCUGGAGAGAACAAGGGAGCUCAGAGAACUCUUUGUGCAAGUUGUCGAGGUAACAACUACGCCGGUGGAUGAGGAUAGCGCUGUCACCGCUUCCUUUGCGACUCAACAGAAAGUUAUUGCACUUGGCCGCCAUGUGGCACUGCUGCAGAGUGAAAUUCGCGCAAAAAACUUACAGUGUGCUCGAGUUGCAUUGCGUGCGUAUCUAGCCAGUGAGGUCGACAGCAGAAGAAGAACUCUGGCGCGCAUGCAGGCAGCGUUAAGCAUCGCUAAGCAAAGCAUUUGA